UGGCCAAGAAGAUGACACGCUCCAAGACCCAGCCGGGCUACCCGGGUGUUGGUAUGGGACUGGGGGCCAGAAAUUCAUGCGGGAGUCCGAACCAGAAUGAGAGAAACGGGACCAGUCCUGUGAUUUUGGACUGCCGCAACCUCUUGGAGUUCACCCGGUCUCAGCUGACCGAUCACGCAGGCCGCCGCCGCCUCCAGCAGGGGAAAAUGGCAGUGCUGGACUUCAUUGGGUCGGGGUCCGGUCAGGAAGCGGGCCAUGACUCACUGAAGAGGCUCUGGACUAAAGGGGGAGACCCCGGGAUGGGGGACUUCAACGGGCUUGACGACGACACCACCUACCCCCGAUCCCCGUCUCUCCGUUCUCCCUCUCCCCAGUCCCCUCCCUCCUUCUCUCCUCCGUCCUCCGCCCAUAGCACCCUCACCAAGCCCAAACCCAGGGAGCGGGAGGGGGGUCACUCCCUCCCCACCGCCCACUCCCUCCACCUGGUCCUCAACUCGCUCAACAGGGAGCAAGACGAGGAGAACGGGAAAGUGCACCUUUCUCUCCCUCUCUCCUCCUCGCUCCCUGCUUCCCUGUCAGACGAGAGUGUGAUGACUCCGGACGUGGAAAAUGCCGCCAUCAGCCCCAUCCUUCCCUUCCUCUUCCUGGGGAACGAGAGGGACGCCCAGGACCUGGACCUGCUGCUGCACCUUAACAUCGGCUUCGUGGUCAACGUCACCACUCACCUGCCCCUCUAUCACCUGAACACCGGCCUGGUCCGCUACAAGAGACUGCCCGCCACCGACAACAGCCGGCAGAAUCUUCGGCAGUACUUCGAGGAGGUGUUCGAGUUCAUCGAGGAGGCUCGGGAUGCUGGGAGAGGGGUGCUGGUCCACUGCCAGGCGGGCGUGUCCCGGUCAGCCACCAUCGUCAUCGCGUACCUGAUGAAGCACACCCUCAUGACCAUGAUGGACGCCUACAAGUAUGUGCGGGGUCGGCGGCCCGUAGUCUCGCCCAACCUCAACUUCAUGGGCCAGCUGCUGGAGUUCGAGAGGGACCUCAAUUCCGGCGUCACCCCACGAAUCCUCACCCCUAAGCUCAGUGGCCUGGAAACCCAGGUCUGAGCGAGGGAGAAGGUGGGAUGGCAGCAAGGUGUAGGCUGCCAGAGGACGGAGGAGGGGUGGGGAGUUGAAGGAGAUAUAGGGAAACGGUUUGUGCAUUAGCUAGGCAGAUGGUGAGGAAGGGGAAAGAGGGGUGAAUUGGAAUGAAAGGAUGAGGGAGAUGAAGAAGAGAAGAGAUGGAUUAGUGGAGAGAGGAGUGAAGGUGUUGACGUACAGAUUUACUUGUCCAAGAGCAGUUACUCAUUUUCAAUGAAAGAAGAGACUCAGAGAGGAAAGGGGAAAAGGCAUGAGAGAGGUUCAAUGAGAUAUUAUGAGAGGACUCCUCUUGAUUCUAGACUAGAUCACAAAACACAGAAAAAUUAAAUCUCCUUCUACCCAACCAUGCUUUGAGUUGGAGUGUUGAAGGGGGUCAAAGGUGAAAUCUUAGUUGGAUUACCAACAAACUUGACCUUCAUCUUCCAAUUAUAAAAUGUGCCAAGUUUUUAUAAUGUUAAAAAUCGAUCUUCCUACUCAUUAUUGCCUCUGCUUCUUCUCAAGGUAGUGCUAUGCUAGUAGUGUAAACAAUUGCAAUGCAAUACAUGAGAGUGCAGAAAAAUGCUUUAAGCAUACAUGUGAAACAAGUAUUUACCCAAACAGAGGCCCAGACAGUAAAAUACCACACUUCUGUGAAUCGCACAAUACUAUACUGGACAGAGCUAUGCUACCAUGUUACAGGCCUAUCCAUUAUUUCAUUGCACUUUAUUCUAGUACAGUUUAGUCUAGUCAGUUCUGUUUUUGGUGUUCUUGUCCACAGCUGGAGCAGUGCAAAAACGUUGUUUCUCAAUGUGUUUUAAUUACAUUUCUCAUUGUAAUUAAAAUACAGUUGAAGGCAUGGAGUCAAGGUCACCUUGGUCUUCGUUUUUUUUAAGUUAAGCUCCUGGUGCACAGGAGUCGGGAUAAUGGAUUUUUUUAGGGGAGAUGUGCAAUUGAUAUCUGUACUGAGGGCACCAAAUGGUGCGGAUGGGUCUGACUGGAUCAAACUGGAGUGUUCUGGAUUUAUUAAUAGUCUCUAUGGGCAAAUGUUCUGCUCAAGUGGAUGCUUAAAGAAUUGAUUUGCAGUAUAUAGACCACGCUGACCACAUCGAGCCAUGGUGAUAAAGUCGAUGAAAUGUGGACCGCCUUCAGUCAAUUAGAAGAGGGGCAACAACUGGCAGAGAUUACCUUGUGUGGGGAGUCACAGAGACAAUCCAAUGUUGUGUCCCAGCUUUGUGGAAUUUUUCAUUUUUGAAGUAUUUAUUCUUCCAGUCUCAAUGUACGCAUAUGUU